AUGGUCAACAAUCGAUCUGUAAGUAGUUAUUACCAUAAGUGUCUAGUCUAGAAUGUACUUCAGCGCGAAGUGAUUUCGAUCCAUGUGGGGCAAGCGGGAGUGCAAAUGGGCAACGCCUGCUGGGAGUUGUACUGUCUUGAGCACGGAAUUCAGCCUGAUGGCAUGAUGAACGAGGAAGAUAGUUUAGGUGCUUCUAUCUUUCACAGAUUUUGGUUAUAGUUGACUACGCUCUAGUUCUCUUGAAAUCAUUCAGAAUUGCACUUAUUCCAGGAGUCGAUGAUGACUCAUUCAACACGUUUUUCUCGGAAACGAUGGCAGGAAAGCAUGUGCCACGUGCUAUAAUGGUCGAUUUGGAGCCGACCCCGAUUGGUAAGAAUGGAAGAGUGUUGUGCAAUUAUGUCUGCGCGCGCCUGAGAAAGCCCUUUGCUCUGGCGGUCCACCCAAAAAUUGCGCAUGCGGAAAACGAUCAUUGUCUCGGCUGAUGCUCAAUUUCGAAUGGUGUCGAUUAUAAAGCUAUUAGAUGCAAUUGAGGUUUGAGACCGGAUAUUCCAUAUGCUGUGCUUAGAGCAGAGUAGUGCAUACGUUGUGAGAGCCGGAAAUGAGUGGUCUAUCUCACACAUUUCAGAUGAGAUUCGCACGGGAACUUAUAAAACCUUGUUCCAUCCUGAGCAGCUUCUCACUGGAAAGGAGGACGCUGCAAAUAACUAUGCUAGAGGUCAUUACACAAUUGGAAAGGAAAUCAUCGAUGUCGUUAUGGACCGUGUUCGAAGACUUGUGGAGAACUGCAGAGGUCUUCAGGUAUUAACGCAAACUAAAAUUGACACAUAAUUUAAGAACUAUUAUUCUUAGGGAUUUCUCGUGUUCCAUUCUUUCGGUGGCGGAACUGGAAGUGGAUUCACCGCCUUGUUGAUGGAACGUCUUUCGGUUGACUACGGAAAGAAAAGCAAGUUGGAAUUCUGCGUCUAUCCAGCUCCACAAGUAUCUACUUCUAUGGUGGAGCCAUACAACUCCAUCCUCACCACUCAUACAACCUUGGAACAUUCGGAUUGCUCGUUCAUGGUUGACAAUGAAGCAAUAUAUGACAUUUGUAGACGAAAUCUGGAUUUAGCUCGGCCGACUUACACUAAUCUCAACAGAUUGAUUGCCCAGGCAACAAAUUCCACCAAAAUGAAUCAAAACAGAACAUUUACUUCAGGUUAUCAGCUCUGUGACUGCUUCUCUCCGCUUCGACGGUGCUCUCAACGUUGAUCUCACCGAGUUCCAAACAAACUUGGUCCCGUACCCAAGAAUUCACUUCCCGCUCACUACUUACGCUCCGAUUAUUUCUGCUGAGAAAGCGUAUCACGAGCAAAUGACCGUGAGAUAGAUAAAAACCAUUUUUGCUGACUGGACAUUUCUUUAGGUUGCUGAAAUAACGCAGCAAUGCUUUGAACCAGGGGCGCAGAUGGUGAAAUGUGACCCGAGAAGAGGAAAAUACAUGGUAAUCAGGUUAACUUUGGCCCAGUCACAUUUAUCAGUUGUCAGGCGUGUUGUCUCCUGUUCCGCGGUGAUGUCGUUCCGAAAGAUGUGAAUGCUGCCAUCGCCUCCGUCAAGACAAAACGUUCGAUUCAAUUUGUCGACUGGUGUCCAACUGGAUUCAAGGUUACCUUCAUCAUCUUCACUCUCAGCCACAAAUCACACUUUCGCAGGUCGGCAUUAACUAUCAGCCGCCAACUGUGGUCCCCGGCGCGGACCUCUCAAAGUUGCAACGCGCUGUGUGCAUGCUCUCCAACACGACGGCGAUUGCUGAGGCAUGGGCGCGGCUCGAUCACAAGUUUGAUUUGAUGUACGCAAAGAGAGCAUUUGUUCACUGGUUAGUCAUUGACAUGUGGGAAUUUGAAAAUUGGAAAAUCAAAGAUUUAGGUAUGUUGGAGAAGGAAUGGAGGAAGGAGAGUUCAGUGAGGCAAGAGAGGACUUGGCGGCGUUGGAGAAGGACUACGAGGAAGUUGGAGUGGAUGCUGGAGGACCUGACGAAGAGGACGAAUAUAGUCAAUACUGA